AGAACAUUGGGACUGGAAUGAUAUGGAAGCAGACUUUCUUACACCAAAGAAAUCUAACAGUGGGAAGACGCCAAUGAAGAAAACGUCAGGUCACGGGCCACAUUCUAUCAAGCGUUCUCCUGUUGCAAAGAGGUCUCUGUCUGCCACUGCUCUGGAUGUAAACGCGCUUCUUGAAGGUGCUGAAAGUUGGGAUUGGGCAGACAUGGAGGAUGACUUUAUCACUCCGAAGAAGCCUAAGGUGAAGUCCGGGACGGUAGCAAUGCCUGCAAAGCUGCACGCCAAAGAGACGUGCACUCGAUGUGUGGUUGAUGACGUUCGAGUUGACGAGUCGGCAAAGAUUCAAAAGGUUUGGAGACACAAAGCUGCAUGUAUUACACUAUGUCAUGAGAGUGCAUUACAGAUUCUUUCUGUGCGUGUCCAGUCAAGUAGAGAUUCCCGAACAGUCAUUCUCUGCGACGACUGGGUAGACGCAGAUAUUCGCAAAGACAUCUUAAUCACAGCUACUGCGCUUUCUAACGCGCCACAGUGCAGGCGAAAACCGCUUCUCUCCGCGCUCGUCCGUUCGAGCUUAGAUAUCACCCCAGCGCUUAUAUGGGGUAACAUGGUUCACGAGGUUAUGCAAAUAUGCAUGGCUGAACAACGAUGGGACGACCGUUUUAUUGAAGAACACACUAAGGAGAUCAUUAAUAAGAACCUUGCGGAGCUUGUCAAGAUCAACGUGAGCGUCGACGAGGCAAAACGUGAAGUCAAGGCCCGUUCAAGAGGUCUUCGAAUGUUCUCUGAACGCUACAUUGCUGAGACGCCAAAGGCUGACGCAGUUCUCACCAACACCCGCGCGGCUGCGAAUCAAAGCUCCCUUCUUGCUAUAUCCCAACUACACGAUGUGGAAGAAGAUAUUUGGUCUCCAACCUAUGGACUUAAAGGCAAGCUCGAUGCUACCGUCCAGGCGGUCAUUGCUGAGAGCACGAUCGACAAGCGUGUUAAGAGUGGAUCUUUGCUGAGCACACACACGAUGCCAUUUGAGAUUAAGACUGGUAAAACUGUAGCAGGGAUGGAGCAUCGCGCUCAGACCAUGCUUUACACUCUCCUGAUAGCAGAACGGUACGGUGUCGAUGUUCCGAGUGGGCUACUGUACUACACCCAGAGCGAGGAGGUCGUCCGUGUCCCGCAAAGCCGCAACGAGCUUCGAGCACUGAUAGGCGCAAGGAACGAAAUGGCAUCAUAUAUGAUGCGCAGGAAUACACAUGGUAAGGAAAAGGACCUCGAAGAGCCUUUUCUUCCUCCUACGAUUGACGACGAAAGAAUGUGCAAGAAGUGCUAUGCGCUAGAUACUUGUAUGCUAUUUCGCAAGGCUGUGGAGAACGUAGUUGAUACGUCUUCACCGAUUGCAGAUGUGUACGACCUCAAAACCUCGCAUUUGAAACCCUCCCAUCUUGCGUUUUUUAAACAAUGGGAGGAGCUCAUUUCGCUCGAGGAACAGGACGCUACUCGGUUCAGAAAAGAGCUAUGGUGCAUGACCGCUCAAGAACGCGAGGACAAAGGCAGAUGUUUCAACUCGAUGGUCAUAGACGCAUCUUUCCAGCCGGGAAAGGUUCCCAACAAUGGCAAGAUUCACCAGUACACUUAUUGCCUCGUUCGAGCUUCUGCUGUUCAUGGCGCUUCGUUCUUGAAUGGUUACAUGAGUCGUGGAGAUGCUAUCACAAUUUCCAUUGAACCUGAUCUUCUUGCUCUUGCACGAGGGUUCAUUUUGGAGCUCACGCCAGAAACCGUGGUCGUGGGUGUAGAUCACGAGUUGAAUGUGGACAAAAUACAAGCCAGAUUGGAGACGCUUCGAGGAGCGAAGACAGCUGUACUCUUCCGAGUUGACAAGGACGAGAUGUCAGGCGGCAUGGCACGGAUUAGGGAUAAUUUAGCCCAACUAUUCUAUGUGGAGGGGGAUGUCAGGCGUCUAGAGCUUGUCGUGGACCUACGACGCCCUUUAUUCGACGACGAGGAGACCAUCGCUGACGACCUGCAACAUAUUCCGGAGUAUGUCCGCACAAGCUCAGGUAUGAACCCUGGUCAACUUGCUGCGAUGAAACGGGCCUUGAGCGCACGCGAUUACGCGCUCAUCCUCGGUAUGCCUGGUACGGGCAAGACAACCAUAAUUGCUGCGCUAAUCCGGACUAUCGUGGCCAUGGGGAAGACCGUCCUUUUGACGUCAUACACUCACUCGGCUGUGGACACGAUAUUGCUUAAGCUACAGGAUGCAGACUUCGGUAUAUUAAGACUUGGCAAUGUAGAUAAGGUGCAUCCUGGCGCUCGGAGAUUUACGCUUGCUGAGCGUAGGUUGCCUACAACGGUCGAGGAAUUAGAGAACCAGAUCAUUGAACCACCAGUUGUUGCUACCACAUGCUUGACAAUUGAUCAGUACGUUCGCAAUCCUGCUGCACGAAAAGGUGGUUUGGAAACGUCUCUGUUCCGUCGUCUCUCUGAAGCGCACCCACACGCGGUGAUCGAUCUCACAUAUCAAUAUCGCAUGAACGAGGACAUUAUGGAGUUGUCGAACAAGCUCAUAUACGGAGAUCGUCUGCGAUGUGGAUCAGAGGAAGUGGCCAAGAGCACGCUCGUUCUUCCUAAAGGGUGUAUGACUGGUACACUGGAUCUGGGAGCAUGCCUGUGCGAGGAUUCUUGCUGGUUGCGGCAUCUAUUAUCAGAAAGCUCUAAAGUUGUAUUUGUUGACACAGACCGCUUACCUGCGCUUGAUUCGAGAGUUGGGGACCUCGUCCAAAAUGAUGUCGAGGCCAAGCUUGUGUACCAGAUUACUGAAGCGUUCUUAAGAUCGGGAGUCCAGGAGGACCAGAUUGGAAUUAUGUCUCUUUAUCGUCAGCAGAUAAAGCUUCUGUCACACAUUCUUCAAGACAGGAAGGAUAUAGAGAUCCUCACAGCCGACAGAAGUCAAGGACGCGAUAAGGACUGUAUUAUUAUCUCCAUGGUCCGAUCUAACGACCAGGGGCAGAUUGGAGACUUGCUCAAGGACUGGCGGCGAGUCAACGUAUCGUUCACACGUGCGCGGUCAAAGUUGAUCAUUAUUGGUUCUCGAAAGACUUUGAACUCGACUGAGCUUUUGUCGGUGUUCUUGACGCUUAUGGACGAGCGGGGCUGGAUGUUGACGCUGCCUGCCAAUGCGGAUGUCAAGCACCCGGCGUUACAGAGCGAACGGUGCGGUAUUCGCAGUCCUGCGAAGCGAAGCAAGGAGAAUGAAUCAGUGGCUAGUGUCAAUGAACCACUCUCGAAGAAAUUGAAAACUCCGAAAGUUGAAGAGGGGAUCCUCAAGGGCCGGCCCAUCUUGCAGGAUGUUGUCAAUGGCGGUAGGUGAUCAUGUCUUGAGCACAUAUCGUUCCAUACCUUAUGCCGUAUAUAUGUAUUGUCUUGUUAUUCACGCCUGCAUGGGACAUUUAUCCUACAUCCGACCUGGGUAUAUACCAUAUAGAAUCAUAGCUUGAAUUUGGCCAACAUUGCAGUAUUUGCAGAGUCCGGUAGAAUAAAGCACCAAAUUAAUGAGAGACCUACUUACUAGCCUAAGUACUGCUCUCCAGCGACGAAUCAUUUUCAAAUUUCACCCCGCAAUUAUUUGUUUAU